UUUCUUGGAAACUAUGAAGUUAAAGUAAAGGUAGAAUUUUGUGUCUGUCUAGGGACCCCUUAUUUGAAGCUCUGCACCUGGGUUGUAAAGGUUGUACAUUGAGGCUGCUUCUCUGUCAAGUAAAUGAGAUUCUCUGGGCAAAGGUGAAGAUAAUUUGCUCCUAAUACCAAGCAGAUGCACAUGGCUAAUCACUUGAAAGGGAGCCCAACAGAAGAGAAGAGAAAUGUGCUGGAGGAAAGUGCCAGGAGAGUCCACGGGGACAUACACAAUUUGGCAGACCUGAACUUCAGGGAGCUUGAUGCUGUCAUUAUACCCGGUAAUCUUGGGGUGGCCCAGAACUGCACUGUCAACCAUUCUGUAAAGGACUGUCAAGCUUCUCACGGUGCUAAGGAGCCCAUCAGCUGGUACUACAUUUCCCCUGUGCUGGCAGCUAAAACCUUCCUGCUUGUGAAGUCACAGUGGGUCAGCAUAAAAUGUGGAUGGAAGGGGAAGAAAAGGAUGAAAAGCUUACUGUCAGGUUAUAUUAUAGCCCAGGAAGCACUGGAAGUUAAGGAAUGUUCGCUUGCUUCGGAUUCCCUGGUCCCUGAACCCAGUACAGCCUCCAGGAGCUCACAUUCCCACCAGGGGAUGAAUGACAGAAGCACAACGGACCCAGAUAGGUGCAGGGCACUUUCCCAUCCUACUAACGUGUUUUGCUUGUCUCUCUACUCACACUAGAUUGUAAACUCGUGAUUUUAAACGGUUGUUGCCUAUUUUGUUCACUGCUCUGUCACCUGCGCCCAGGACGGCCUGUGGCACAUGUGAAGCCCUCAAUACACUUCUGUUGAUUUGAAUGGGUGCCCAGCAUUUACUCAGUGAUCCCAAAGUUUCCCCGCGUAAGUGAUCACAGACCUUAAGGUGGUCCCAGGUAUCAUAAGUC